UCUUCCGGCUUAAUCAAGCCGGAAGCGGAGGCGCGGACUUCCCAUAGUGCCCCGCGGGGUGCUUAUUCUAACCGCACGCAGGAGAGGGAGGAGGUCGUAAUGGCUGCACCGGAGCCGGAAAUGCAGUCCCCCGCUGAAGUCGGAGAUUUGGAGUGGUAUGAGAAGUCAGAAGAAACUAAGGCUCCCCAGGUAGAACUACUUGAGACUACCCAGGAACCUCUCAACCCUUCGGAGUCCUUUUGUCCAGGAGACUUCAUAAUACCAGUGGUGUUUCCUGGGCCUGUGAGCCAGGAGGGCUGCUGUCGCUUUACUUGUGAACUUCUAAAGCAUAUCAUGUACCAACGCCAGCAACUCCCUCUGCCCUAUGAACAGCUUAAGCACUUUUAUCGAAAACCUUCACUCCAGGCAGAGGAGAUGGUGAAAAAGAAAUCUCGGGCUGAGGUGAGCAGCAAGAAAUGCCAACAAGCCCUGGCAGAACUAGAGAGUGUUCUCAGCCACCUAGAGAGCCUGUUUGCACGCACACUAGUGCCACGAGUGCUGAUCCUCCUUGGGGGCAGUGCCCUAUGCCCUAAGGAAUUCUAUGAACUGGACUUGUCCCGUCUGCCCCCCAACAGUAUGGACCAGAGCCUGAGCACAGCAGCUUGUUUGCGCCGUCUUUUCCGAGCCAUUUUCAUGGCUGAUGCCUUUAGCGAGCUGCAGGCUCCUCCACUCAUGGGCACCAUCGUCAUGGCACAGGGACACCGUGACUGUGGGGAAGAUUGGUUUCGACCCAAGCUUAACUAUCGAGUACCCACCCGAGGCCACAAACUGACUGUGACUCUGUCUUGUGGUAGACCUACCAUCCAAACAACAGCUUGGGAGGAUUACAUUUGGUUCCAGGCACCAGUGACGCUUAAAGGCUUCCAUGAGUGAACAAAGGUGCUGCCUAAAUCCUGGAAACACAAUGGCUGAAUUAUAUUUUUCCCUAUGGCACUAAGUCACCCACCUCUUGCUUGGAGCAAGAGUUGCUUCCUGGUGAGAGAGGAGGGUUCUUCUCUUUUGGCUGUCUGCCUCCCCUUCUCAACUUCUGGUGGGCUGAUGGUGUGUAACUGUAAUAAUCAUUGUUGAAUAACAUCUCUGAAUCAAAGGUUGAUUUUCCCAGUCAGGGCUUGGUCAGCUAUUUCUGUUAGAAGCUAGAAAGCAAAGAUGGGUUCAUUGAUAAACACUCCUAUGGAGGUGGCCCUUUUCUGCUUUUUGCUAUGCCCUUCAGAAUUUUUAAGAGGGUCAUAAUGUGGGUCAUGAACUUAUAUAUAAAAUAAAUAGAUUCAUAUUAAAUUUUCCUGAGACUUAAUCACCAGGAAAUAGUGGCAAAUGAUUUUAAAUUAA